ACUGUAACGCUAUUUAUAGGCCUGCCUCUUAGAAGUAGGGUAGUGCGUGAUUGUUGCCUUGGUAAUCUAAAAUGUGCUUUUGUUUGCAGAAAAAAACUUUUCCGUUGUACAGCUCCGUGAAAACAUAUCAAUGCCAGCUUUAACGUAAAAUUUGUCUUUUCUUAUAUGAAUCGUGUGUAUACUAGUAUUCAUGGUAGUGGUUUUUUGAAACAGGCUGUUGCUGUGCUUACAUGCGUUUAUUGAAUUGCUCUGUCACAGUAGUUUUUUUACGGAUCACUGAGGUUCCCUGAACGCUCCAACGCACUGCUGUAAAUGUUUGUGACAAGUACAGAAUAUUUCCUAAUUUUUUUAUUUUAUUUUAAUUUUAAAUCUGGUUCAUUCUGCCUUUUCUACCGAAUUUGAUGCCUAGGGAGCAUUGUGAUGCAAAAUGGCUUCUGUGGAUCAUCAAGUUUGACCUAACAACAACAACAACAAUAAUAAUAAUAAGAAGAAGAAUGUUGUAACAUCUGUUAAGACCUUGAACACUCAUGACAAAUGCUUUAUAAAUGUUAUUAUUUUGUGAUUGUUUCAUAAUACCGUGAAUUAAUAUGCAGUAUUUCUAAAUCUGAGAAUGACCUUACUUGUGUAGGCCUACAUUCUUACUUCUUUGUGUAGCAUUUGUGCUACUUUUUACUACUGUGUGUUAUUUCUUAUAGGAUUAUUUAUUGUAUCUCAUUUUUUGCAAUCUUCAUAUCCUUGUCACUUGACUUUCAGUACUCCUAUCAAGAAAGAGAAAGUGUUGUCAAUAAUGCUUUGUUUGAAUAAAGGGGGUGCUAGUGGGAGCUACAGGAUGUUGAAGUGCUCCAGGUGUCCAGGUGCAAGAGCUGUGAUGGGAUGGCAGGGGACACAGCGUGGCCUUCUCUACAGAACUCAGACCCUGGUCACCUGGAAGCAGAAUUUGAAAUUCAGCCAUGUGUCCAGUAAAGUCAACAACCACACCAUUCUCAGGGGGGUGAAAUAUUCCUUGGACAGACAGCCCUUUCUCAGUGGAGCACUAUGGAGCCUGCAGAGACCAGUUCAGAGCUCAGUCAGACCCCAGAGCACCACUGCAGAUGGGACAGAUCCCAUCCAGGUGCACAAACAGAAGCUGAGCCUGUGGUUCAGCCACCUGCCCCAGGAGGAGCUGCAUUUCGGGGACUUCAGCGCGGGGAGCAUGUACGUGGACCCCCUGAUUGUGGAGAGGAAGCCGGAGGAGAGCCGGGGGGUCCUCCAGGGGUCCUUGGUGGUGCACCAGCACCCCGCCCUGGACGUGGGCCAGCUCUUCGACGCGGCCUGCUGUGACGGCGGAUGCGGGGUUGGCAGAGGGGUCAACGUGCUGCUGUACGGGGCGGUGGGCACGGGAAAGAGCACCGUGGUGCGCAAGCUGGUGCUGGACUGGUGCGCCGGGGCCACACUGGCCCAGUUCAGCCUGGUCAUCCCCUUCUCCUGCGAGGACCUGUCCCAGAUGACCCGGCCCGUCUCCCUGCGCGACCUGGUGGGCCGAAAGUACAUGCACCUGCGGCGGACGCCCCUGCUGAGCGGGGAGGGCAGCCAGGCCGGGAACGUGCUCUUCAUCUUCAACGGUAUGGAGAAGAUGGGCCUGGACUUCCGCAUCGCCUCCACCGAGCUGUGCAGCGACCCCAACGAGCCCCUGCCCCCCGCCACCAUCGUGGUCAACCUGCUGAGAAAGUACCUCCUGCCUGAGGCCAGCAUUUUGGUCAGCACCAGACUGUCUGCCGUGGAUCGCGUGCCCCAGAAGUACGUGGCGCGCUUCGUGCAGAUCUGCGGCUUCAGCGACCCCGACAGGCAGCGGGCGUACUUCACCAGCAGGCUGCUCCAGCAGACCACGGCCAGGCCCAGCGCCGAGGCCCAGUCCCUGAUGGAGCUGCUGUACCUCAACCUGCAGCGCGAGGGCCAGCUGGCCACCGCCUGCUUCCUGCCCUCCUACUGCUGGCUCACCUGCGCCACGCUGCACCUGCUGCACUUCACCAGCGGCUCCUCGGCCACCCGCACCCUCAGCGGCAUCUACACCAGCUUCCUCCGCCUCGUCUUCGGCGGGGAGGUGCUGGAGGCGGCCGAGGGCGGGGGCAGGGGCGGUGGCGGCGACCGGGAGCUGCCGGAGUCCCUGAUGAGGCAUGUGGUGCGCACCGUGGGAAAGCUGGCCUUCGACGGGGUCACCCGGAAGCGCACCUCCUUCUCGGAGGACGAGCUGGAGCAGUGGGUCGGCGGGAAGACCAAGACGGACGAGGAGCUGCGGCAACUGGCCGUGUUCCGCACCGACGUGCUGGACUUCUUCCUGGUGCCCAGCGGCGAGAACCACGGCUCGGCCGAGGCGGGGGAGGCGGAGAAGCGCUACGUGUUCACCGUGCCCGCCAUGCAGGAGUACCUGGCUGCCCUGUACGUGGUGCUGGGCGAGAACAAGUCGGCCCUGGAGAAGGUGAGCCAGCAGCUCUCCUCCGCCAUCGGCCAGGCCGGGGAGGACGUCACCACCCUCAUGACCAUCUUGGCUAAGUUCAUCCCCUUGAGGAUCUUCGCCAUCUUCAACCUGAUCAAGCUGUUCCCCAAGCUGUACGAGAAGAUCUCCGUCCACAGCAAGGGCCGCAUCGCCCGCACCUUGGCGGCCGAGAUGUUCCGCUCGGAGGACAGCUUCAACGAGGACGUGCUGGACCAGGUGGAGCAGAGCCUGCUGGGGGUGCAGGGACCCCAGCCCCAGCAGAUGAUGGACAGCAAGGCCUUCGAGCUGUACCCCAUAUUCAUGGGGGGGCUGCUGCACUACAACAACCGGGUGCUGCUGGAGCAGCUGGGCUGCGGCAUUAAGAGCUCGGCGGUGUCCCAGAUCACCAGCACCCUGCGGAGGCACCUGGUGCGGGAGAUCCGGCGCGAGCAGCCCCCCGAGGAGCUGAUGGACAUCCUGGUGCUGCUGUACGAGUUCCAGAACCCGCGGCUGUCGGCCGAGGUGCUGGGCUCCCUCCGGACCAUCCGCCUCUCCACCGUGCGUAUGACGCCCCUCAAGUGCUUCAUCCUGAGCUCCGUGCUCAGCUGCGCCCCCUCCAGGCACCUGCUGGACGAGCUGGACCUCUCCGACUGCCACCUGACCCAGGACCUGCUGGAGAUGCUGCAGCCGGCCUUCCUCCACACGCGCAGUCUGAAUCUGCAGUUUAACAGGUUGGGUUCUGAGUCCUGCGUAAUCCUCAAAGAUGUGCUACUUCACCCCAGCUGUGCACUUAGAUCCUUACAGCUGUGUGAUAACUCCCUGCUGGAGUCGGGGGUGGCCCACCUGCUGGAGGCCUUCCCGGGGAACCACUCUCUGCGGCGGCUGUCCCUGAUGCACACGGGCCUGGGAGACGCGGGCGCGGCCCUCCUGGCACAGGGCCUGGUGCAGCACCACGAGCUGGAGGAGCUCAACGUGGCCUACAACAACAUCGGGGACAGCGCUGCCCUCACGCUGGUGGACGCCUGCAGAGAGCACCCCACUAUCCACACAGUACACCUCUACCUGAACCGCCUGAGCGAGGCGGGCAAGCAGUCGCUGUACGUGCGCGGGGUCCCGCAGAAGACCACUGGCCGCCACGUGAAGGUGCUGGCCUCGGUGACCGAGGGCUCGGACGUGUCGGAGGACUGGCACCCCAUCCUCAGCGUCAUCCAGCAGAACUCGGCCUCCUGGGAGAUGAGCCGCGUGCGCCAGCAGCUGCAGGUCUUCCUGCGCGACCUGGAGUCGGGCCGGCGGCGGCAGCACAGCCUGUGGAAGAGGCUGCACUUCCGCCGGGUGGAGAGGGGCGUGAGGGAGACGCUGCGCAUGCUGGAGAAGGGCUCCCCGUAGAGAUGAACCACUGCAGCGGUGUCUGGGCCAGACAGGGCUGGACAGUCCUGCUCUCUUCACUCAAUAGAAUACAUUGGGGCUGAGCAGGCUAGCAUCUUGCAAAAUGUAGCCUUCACCCUCAAAAUGUCCUUUAUGAUGUGGUCACUCAGCGGCAAUAGCGAGUUCACAUAUUAAAGAGGAAGGCAGUGAGAUGCAAUUAAAGCCAUAUCAAUUAAUCAGCUUCCAAGCCUAUGCUUUACAUUUCAGAAUCUAACAAAAAUAUUAAUCUCAAAAUUUCUGGUACAUUUCAGUAUUUUUAAUGGAAAUUUUCCAUGUGAAUUUUGUCUUGGCCACUUUGGGAAUUUCUGUUUUUUUAUCCUCCUUAACAUGAUUGCACCUGUAUUCUCAGUAUUGUCAGUAUUCUCUGUUUUAAUCAAUUCUAACUUAAAAAUUACUAAUAGGAGGGUUACUCCCAAUCUUCAAACAUUUCCCUAAUGACUGGAGCAUAGCUUUAGCUUAAUGCAAUGAUUGUUUUCAGUCACAAAGUUUCGCGAACAAACGUGUCUUGUUUUCCAACAUCUUGGAUAGGCAGUGAUGGACCAUCAUUUCACUGAGCAGAAUUUCAUCGCUUGUACACUGGGAAAACAAAAUCUUCCAACUGUCUUCCUGUAACUGAUGUUCAACUCAGGAGCUUUCAUGAAUGAGGUACAUGUAGCGUUAAUGUGUAAAAUAAUCUAAGUAUGACAUUGUGAUGAUAUUUGUAAGAGUAUCAUGUUAACAUGUUCCGUGUUGCACAUUUUUAAAUAUUAUGGGAUAAGAGAACAGCUAGUUUGUUUACAGUUUGACAUUUGACAUAAUUACUAAUCAGUGUUAGCUAGCUAACAUGAAAGGUGUAUUGAAGCUAGACUUGUUGCUGCCUUUGUGUGGAUUGCUGUUAUGCUACGCACUUUGCUAUUUCAGUAUUUACUUAUAAUAGCAGAGUGCGGAAACUGGGGGCUUUUGGAACAAACCUGAAAUUGUCUGAAUCAAGUGCUGAGGAAUCCAGCAUGCAGCUAAACUGUUACACAGAGGAGAAAAGAGUCAAGAAUGCAACUAUAUUUUGAACAGACAGGGACAGAAUGCGAUAUGCAGCUGCCGGGAUUAACUAUAUUUAAUUUUGAAUAGUAAGUGAAAAAUGUUUCAUAAUGUUCAGGGUUACAGAGCUAUUACCCAAAAGAAACCUUUAAGCAUGUUUUUUGCAUUGAGAAGCAUAAUAUUAUUAAUGUUCAAGUGAACAAAACGGAUAAAAGCAAAAAAGCAAUUAUAAAAACUAUUCAUUCCAAUAAAAUCUUGAAAAUUGCUGAAAUUUAGCAUUCAUAAAUAUUGAGAAAGUGUAAGAAGAAAGGCUGCAUGUUGCUCAUUUUGUGCCUGUCUUGAUAUACUUGAUAUGAUGUUGAAUUACAAGCUGAGAAUUUGAUGCAAUAAACUGUUAUGCAAAGAA